GUUGCUGGUCCAAUUGGAGUCCUUGGAGUAAAAAUUGCCCUCCUUGUCCAACUUGUGGUGGAGGGCCGAAUACAUGUAAACAGACUAGAACCAGACAAAGUGAGCAUUGCACGCCGACUUCUCAGGAAAAGAACACCGUAUCAACCGAAGUAUGUCCCAAACGAUGUUGUUGGUCAAGCUGGGGCACUUGGGUCGAGAAUUGCCCCAAUUGUCCUUGUGGUGGACGGUCUGUUACAUGUUCACGGAAAAGGAUUAGAUCCGGAAAAUACUGUGAGAAGAAAUCUGAAUCACAGAGUAGCUCGUCAACCAAAAAAUGUGAAACACUUCCAUGUGAAGAGUGUACCUGGGCUCCAUGGAGUGGUGAUACGCUGUGUACCUAUUGUGAUUCCUCCUGUACAAGGUAUUGUCUGAGAUACCGAACAAAGAUUAGGGGGAAAGAGGGUGGAGAUGACUGUGUUGGUGUAAGCAUAGAUUACGUUGUAAGAGAAUGCAGCGACUGUACUUAGAUUGAGAUGAUUGCUGAUACGCGCCAUCGGAGGGAUGGAAUCUUUUUUGAAAGCGAAACGUCCAAAUCGAUUGAAGAUGUAAAUAAAGAGCACGCCUAUUUAUAAGAAGUAAAUUCCGAUGAACUGUUUCCGAAAAGGAUAUUUGUUUUAAAAUAUGAUUUAUGAAUGGAAAUUCUCCGUUCUGCUGAACAACACAAUUGGACAAUUAAGAUUUGGAUCUGGGAAUAAUUAUGAUUCGAAAAGUAUAGUUAUUUGUAAAACAAUUUGGACAAAUAAAUGUAUUCGGAAGUUUAGUUCAACAUAUACAAGUACAA